AUGCAAAACCCUAUACCACAUGCCGCUCUCCUAGCCAGCCCUGGCUUGGGCCACCUCAUCCCUGUCCUUGAACUAGCCAAGACCCUCGUCGACCCCCAUGGCUUCAGAACCACCAUUUUCGUCAUCCCAAUAGACCAAGCCUCCACUGCGCAAAACCAGCUGUUUAAAUCACCCAACCCUGAUCUCAUCGACAUUGUUGUGCUCCCUUUUGUCGAUAUCUCCGACCUGGUUGACUCAACAACCUCGGUGGUGACAAGUCUUGUUUUAAUGAUGCGCGAGUCCUUGCCCCUUCUGCGAUCUGCGAUCUUUGAAAUGAAGGUCACACCCACCGUCCUCGUUGUCGACUUGUUCGGAACUGAAGCUUUCGACGUAGCGGACGAGUUCGGGAUGUUGAAGUACGUGUUCGAUACAACCAAUGCGUGGUUUCUAGCAGCCACUAUAUACGCUCCGACUCUUGACAGGAGAGUUCUGGAAGAACAUGCUUACGAUAAAAUUCCACUGAGGCUUCCGGGUUGCAGACAGGUACUAUUCGAGGAUACCCUUGAAGCGUUUUUGGAUCCCAAAGACCCGACUUUCGAGGUUUUCCUGGAACUGGGGAAAGGGAUACCAAAAGGUGAUGGGAUUUUGGUUAACUCAUGGCAGGAGCUUGAGGCCACGACGUUCAAAGCCUUGGAGGAUAAGAGUUUGUUGGGUCGGGUCGCCAGAGUACCCGUCUAUCCUAUUGGCCCGCUGGUGAGAGGGGUCGCGUCAACUCAAAACAGUAACGUUAUAAGUUGGCUAGACAAGCAACCCAUGGAAUCGGUGUUAUAUGUCUCGUUUGGGAGCGGUGGAACCUUGUCUUCCAAGCAAAUAACUGAGCUGGCUUGGGGAUUGGAGUUGAGCCAGCAGAGAUUUGUUUGGGUGGUGCGCCCGCCCAUGGACGACGAUAAGUCCGGAUCUUAUUUCAGCGCCGGCAACGGUAACGGUGACGGUACCCCAGAUUUCUUACCAGAAGGGUUCGUCGCCAGGACUCGAGAUAUUGGCUUGGUGGUCCCCAGUUGGGCCCCGCAGAGAGAAAUCCUGGCCCACCCAGCAGUGGGCGGGUUUUUGUCGCACUGCGGCUGGAACUCCACCCUAGAGAGCAUUACCAAUGGCGUGCCGAUGAUCGCCUGGCCUCUCUGCGCCGAGCAGAAGAUGAACGGCACUAUGCUGGUGGAGGAACUCGGUGUCGCUCUCCGAGCACAGGCGGCAGCAUACGAGGAUGUGGUGGGAAAGGAGGAGAUCAAGAAGAUGGUAAGGAAGAUUCUUGUGGAGGAAGAAGGAGAAGAAAUGAGGAAGAGAAUGAGAGAAGUCAAGUACAGCGCCCAAGAGGCCGUAAACAAGGGCGGUUCUUCUCUUAAGUCUCUGUCUCAAGUGGCAUCCAACUGCAAAAUCAGGAGUGAGGACCUCGGAGCAAAGUCCAAAGGUGCUAGAGGAGAUUUGUUAAUCUCUCAGUAA